AUGGAUCCAUCUCAACUUCGUGGUGAACUUAUAACAACACGUAUUGUCAAAGGACCAAAAGGACUUGGCUUUACAUUAAUUGGUAACGACGGCAGUUCAUUACAGGAUGAAUUUCUGCAGAUCAAGAAUGUGAUUUCUGGCGGACCAGCUCAUCGUGAUGGCGUCUUGCAGAUGGGUGACGUCCUCGUAUGCGUUAAUAGUGAAUGCGUCUUGGGCGCAUCGCAAGCCCACGCUUGUCUAAUAUUUCAGUCAAUUGGUGUCGGUGAACUUGUAACAUUGCAAAUUUGCCGUGGUUAUCCACUACUUUUCGAUCCCGCAAAUAAGAUUGUCACUGAGAAUGCAUAUGUCACACGAUCAGACGAUGUGAAAGAAAUUAUUAUCAAUAAGGGUAGUGAUGGUUUCGGAUUCACGAUUUUCGAAAGUAUACAGGGACAGCGAGUAAAAAAAAUCUUAUAUCCAGAAAGAUGUGAGAAUUUGUUGGAAGGUGAUACCCUUUUGGAGAUGCGAACCACACAUCCCCAUGGAAAUCCGAACUGUCCAGUAGGUGAAGAGCGUAUCACUAAUUUCCGAGGAAUGCCACAUCAUGAAUUAGUUUCCAUCCUUAGGGAAUGUCCUGUUGGAUUCUGGGCCAAAUUGAUUGUAAGGAGGAAUUCACCGAAGCACAGAUCUCGCACUCCGUCAGCAGCAUUUCGCUACGGUGAACAGAGGCCUAGUCCAGCACCAAUAUUGAUGCCAAGAUCGAAAACCCCAGCACCGCACCCUCCGCGACCUACUAAAACCUAUCCUCAUUCUUCUGCAUUACUGCCUGCAACAAGUCAGGAUCUAGCUAUCUCAAACGGUGGAAUAGUCAAUGCCCAUGGGUCUGGAAAUACUAUUCCAAGGCAACAUGAGCGACGUCAAAAUGAGGAUAUUUAUGAGAAUUUUUCGAAUUUGCGACCAUCAUCGACAAGUUUGGGUUUCUCAACGCCUAACUACAUGCCAAUGACUGCACUUGCUAUUUCAAGUGUUGAGACGGUAACAGUUAAUCUAAUCAGGAAGCCAAAUGGAUUUGGUUUUCGAGUCGUUGGUGGAACUGAAGAAGGGACAAACAUUACAGUCGGUCAAGUGGUACCUGGAGGUGCUGCAGCAGACGAUGGUCGUCUACAUCAAGGAGAUGAAAUUAUUGAAAUUGGUGGUAAGAAUGUUGAGGGUGAAAGUCAUGCGAUGGUUGUGCAAUUAAUGCAAAAAGCAGCUGCCAGUGGACAUGUUAAAUUAGUUGUUCGUCGUCCUAAAACUGGAGAUUUGUCACGUUCAACAUCUGCUCCAGUUAAUCAAUUGAAUGCGACCUCUGCUACUUAUGAUGUUAUACUGAAUCGAAAUGAUGGUGAUAGUUUCGGUUUUGUUAUCAUAUCUUCCCUCGAUAACAAUGGAAGUACUAUCGGAAGGAUAGUGGAAGGAUCACCAGCAGCCCUUUGUGGGCAGUUGCGCGUGGGCGAUCGAGUAGUAGCCGUUAAUGGUAUUGACAUUAUCAAGUUACCCCACAAUGAUAUUGUUACGCUAAUUAAAAAAUCUGGUUUAUCAGUGAGACUGACAAUAUCGCCUUCUUCGUCAUCAGGCUUUCUCUUAGGUUCUUCAGCAUCCUAUUAUUCAACUUCACAUAUUGGGAGGACUACCACUUACGGACGAUCUUCUCAUCCUUCGUAUCACACAAAUCAAUUUGCUCCAUUGCAUAGUCAAUCUUUUGAUGUUCCUCAGUACAGAUAUCCGGUCGGAAAUGAUUACAUCACCAGGACAUCACCGAUACCUCCAGAAGCGCAGUCGAGUUGUGAGUCAUUACUUCAAGAUCUGUGGAAUAUAUCAUGCAUUGAUCGCUAUUCCGAAUUUAGCGAUUACGACGCCAUAACCAUCUCAUCAUCGUCCACUGCAGUGUCAUCCGUAUCUCUACGGAUUUUCGACAUAGCAACUGUAGAAAAUUCGGUGAAAAACUACCACAAUAAACACAAUCAACUGUACCUUGAUACUCUUACAAGAAGUAUCGAACAAACAUUUAUAAAUGUUGAAUUGAAUCGUGGACCGAAAGGUUUUGGUUUUUCAAUUCGUGGUGGACAGGAAUUUGACUCAAUGCCAUUGUUUGUCUUGCGAAUUGCGGAAGAUGGACCAGCAGCUUUGGAUGGCCGUUUAAAGGUUGGCGAUCAACUGAUAGAAAUUAAUGGACAAUCGACACGUGGUAUGACGCAUAGCAGUGCAAUCCAAAUCAUCAAGCAAUAUCUUAUCGUUAGAUUAUUAGUUAGGAGACCGCAAGGUUUCUAA